CGGUUAUCUAUUACGUAAUCAAUCCGAAUAGCUUUGGACGAAACCUUUCGGUUGAUGAAGAGGAAUGAAAAAUAUACAUGGUAGUUUGGUGACGAAGUGCAAACUUCUAGCGGGCAACAGGUCUAAAGUACAUCGGAUAUUUUCGGUAUUUUUCGUAGUUCACCGAGGUGGCAACAAAUCAAGAUGGCUGACAGUUCCAAGCAGUGGGUGCAGUUCCUAAACCGAAAUAGUUCACUACCUUUACCUGGGGAAAGAAAUGAGGAAACGCAAGAUGCACAAUCUGUCGGUUAUUCCCUAAGUCUGCAGGCUAUAGAAGGCAUUAACGAACCAGAACAAGGAGGGAAACGAACUGAAUAUGAAAUCCGAGUUAGUCUAUUUGAUAUCAUCUAUAAAAAGUUUUUUGGACGCACAUGGGUUGGUCCAGCUAAAUCAGUCAAAUCAUCAGCAUCCCAGAAAGCAAGACUCCAGUACAAUGUGCCCGUCUAUUUUCAUACAUCAUUAAACGAUCCUAAUAUUGUAAUUGUGGUUGAAAUAGUUGGAAUUAUCACAACAAAGAAGAAUAAAGUACAGAGAGUAUCAUGUGGCUGGGGAAUCAUACGAAUAUUCAAAGAUGGUCAUCUUGGCGAUUUGUCUUCACCAACUCCAGAGCCAGUUAAACGAAUGGAUGUUUACCACGGUUCACCCAGAGCUUUACUUUAUUUAGAUGAUGAUAUUGAAAAAAAUGAGAAGAUUACGCUGAUAGCAGAAUGUCAGUUAUGUUAUGUGAUACGAACACAUAAAUUACUUCGCAAAGUAAUGCAUCUGUUACCAGAAAACAUCAUAGCUGGUAGUAAUUCAAUUAUACCAGGAUUGUAUUCACAAGAUGAUAAAUUACAAAUAUAUCUCUAUCCAACCAUUGAAAAAUUUGAAGAAGAACUUUGUAAAUUAUUGAAUGCAGAUAGGCUGGCAAGGGAUGACAUACCAUCUGAUGCUAAUGUUGUACAUAUCAAUGAAAGACGUCUGCAAGUUGGUGUUCAUAAUGGAUGGGGUUAUGUACAACCACCACAGACGUAUAUGUUAGUCUCUGAUGCUGUCAGUAAAGGUGGUCGAGGAAGUAUGAGAAAGAGCAAAGGAAGGCCUACGUCUGCCGGGUCCAGGGAAAGUCUCAGUACAGCUCUGAUAUUAAAAAAUAAAGUUCGUCUUGAAUUGAUAGAAGAUCCAUUAUUUGCUGUUGUAUUCAACCUGGAAUAUAUGCUAUCAGUGCCAGUCUCCACUACAGAUAGAAAGUUAUCAACCAGUAUGAAUCGAGUACAAAGUCGCAAUGUAUCACUGCGUUGGGCUGCAUGGACACCGUUUGCACAUGACGGUAUGGCUGAGAUUACAUUGCAGUUACAAGGAGAUCCCAUCCCUAAUCCCGAUAGUGUGCUAGUCUUCAAAAACCCAGAUGUUGAGAUGACUGAUCAAGAAGCAUCCAAGAUAGCCCCAGGAAGAAUACAGUUUAUGUUCAGAACCAAGAAGGACAUGAGUAGCUCUCGUCCUGGUAGUGCGGCUUCCAUGAGGUCAGAAAGUUUUAGGCAGGGAUUUGAUUCUUACAGGUCUACAGGACAAGCUACACACAUGGAAACAUCGAUGGAUGUUGGAAUGCCACAUUAUCAGACAGGUUUAGCUCCACACGAACAAAGUAGUGUUGAAGGGUCCAUGCUUGGUGAAUCACACCCAUCACAGUAUCCAGCUAGACCACCUAUACCAAAGGGAUCACCAAGGACACCAAGAAGCAUGCAGAUGGGUACCCCAAAUGGUAUGAUGAUGGGAUUACCACCUGUGCCUCCACAACAACAGUACUACGGUCAACAGCAGAUCUACUCCUCCAUUCAACCAAUCCCACAUUCUGGAACUGGUAAUGUGUAUCCAGUGGAGAUCAAACACCUUGAGGCCAGUACUGCAAGAACAGUUAGCCCAGAUCAGUUAACAGAACUUCCAUUCACACCGGUACAUGCUCCAAUUAUGCCAGUGGGUCAGUUACAACAAACCGGACCCUCACUGACAAGGGCAUCCUAUGCCAGACUUUACCAGGCUGGAUUUCCACCAGUACUGGAUAGGAACGGUGAGCCGCCAGAAGUGGUGGAUCCUAACGACUAUGUCACUUUCCACCCACAACAUGAAGAUGCAGAUCCAUUACAAAUCAAUGAAAUCGUAUUACAAUUCCUGGCAUUUUCAAGAAUGGUGCAGUUUGAGAAUCAGGGCCAACCAAGACAACAUAAUACCAUAUUCUUCACUUUCCAGUUCUACAGAUACCCACAAAUUACAACAGAAAGGUUAUUUUUAGGGGAAGUAGAUGGUGGCUUAUCUGCUGAUCCAUCCUCCUUGCCAUGUAUUUUACAAAAACUUAGUAAAGAUGGUACUAUAUUGGAAGGUCCUCCUGGUGUUACUACACGAGGUGGUAGCGUGAGACCGGUUGGUGUUACGACAAUAUUGAAAGGCAGACUGCAUCUACGUAUGGCAAACAUUGGCCAUCCUAUUGAGGUGAAAUUAUUAAAGGCUGGUAACACACAUCUGCAGAAAUCCAGAGUUGUUGUACAGGAUGAGGGCAGUGGUACUUUCCUUGGUGGUAGUCUUAAUACUAUAUCCUCUCCGAAAUAUUAUUGCAAUAUUUCCACAAAGUAUGCUCAAAGGCAGUACAGCGAUCAUUUCAACCGAUACCUAGUGCCUAUUUGUCUAUUUUGUGGUAUUCUCCUAAAAGCACAGUUCAGGCCCGGUGAAGGAAAGAUGUUUGUACGUUUUCUGUACCAGCAAACUUUACAUAUAGAUGUGUGGGAUGGAGACUCGUUAUUGCUUAUAGGAUCAUGUGCUCUUCCCCUGAAGCAUUUGUUACGAAGUGGUCGAGAUGCGGUUCAAGUUACUCACGAAUUAGACGUGAUUACCACAGAGUACACUGAAGAUUCACCAGCAUUAACAGGAGAUUUAACACGAGGUGGUAGCGUGAGACCGGUUGGUGUUACGACAAUAUUGAAAGGCAGACUGCAUCUACGUAUGGCAAACAUUGGCCAUCCUAUUGAAGUGAAAUUAUUAAAGGCUGGUAACACACAUCUGCAGAAAUCCAGAGUUGUUGUACAGGAUGAGGGCAGUGGUACUUUCCUUGGUGGUAGUCUUAAUACUAUAUCCUCUCCGAAAUUGUCACUGUAUGCAGGAAUGAAAUUGACACGGACAUAUCGAGCUGCUCACAUGGCUGAUACUGACAGAGAACUUGCAGCAUUGCUAUUCUCACGCAAAGAUAAAGCCGUAUUGCAGGAUUCAAACCGAGAAGCUGACGAGGUGAAGAAGCGAAAACUCAAUAGAAUGGAAGCAAUCAGAAAGAAUGAAAGUGAAAAUGGUCUGAUUUCAACUUUAUUGAUUAAGAAAGAAGAGAAGAUACAAAGAGCCAGAGAUUUAAAAACCAUUGAAGUGUACAGAGAGAGAUCUAAGAAAGAAGGCAUUCGUAGCAUGCUGCAAUCGGCUAUAACCACUGAGCACACAAUCCAUCCAUCGUUUGGCCAUGCUGAAUUCUUUGAAUUUAUCUUGAAAAACCCUUACAACGUACAGCAUACUGUCUACAUCCAGUGUGACGACCCUGAUUUACAAGUUGUGACAGAUACCAGAGAAUGGAGACAUUACAAGCAGUUGACUGAAACAUAUACCCCAGUAGAAGAGAAUAUGUUUUCAGGUGAGGCACAAAAUGAUCUGCCAGGAAUUCAAGUCUUCUUACGACCCAAAGAGUCUAUUAAUAUACCCCUCAAGUAUCAGAGUUUCAAGGCUGAUCAUUCCGUCCACCCACAGGGUCCAUAUAAUCCUCACAGGCCGCUGAUUAAUAUGCAGAUGCCAGAGCAGAAUAAAGUGGACUUAUCAUUACAGUCAAGAAACACAAAGGUAUAUUUCAAGACUGGAGAUGACCGACCAAUUGCUAUUCUAUCAUUAAACAUUGAACCACAACCACAGAUUGUUGACCAGACAUUCAGGUUUCAUCAUCCAGAGCAGUCAUUUCUCAAGAAAUCUGUCAGAUUACCACCAUUCCAGUCAUUACCAGGUGCUCCAGUUGGUGGCGCUGGUCUUCACGGUUUGUUUGUAAGAUGCAGUGAUCCCAAUGUGAUAUGUGAAUCAAAACGUGUGGCACCUGGUGAACCACAAGAUGUGUUUAUUAAAGUUGCAUGUGGUGCUUCUCCUGCCAUCAAGAAAUUCUUUAUUAUUAUUUAUGGUGAUCAAUUCCUAUCCCGUCCAGUUCAAACAUGGCAGUUUUAUAUCCAUGCCUUACAAAGAGUAGAUGUGACCUGCGUAGAAGGUCAAACCAGUAGAUUUUCACUUAUCCUAAGGGGGACACAAUCAUCAAGACUAACUCAAUGCUUCUCAUCCCAUCCAAUAGAAAUGCAGAUCUCGCCAGUGGAACCAUUCAUGUUGUUGGCUAACUCUGUUCAUGAGAUCCAUGUUGGUGUUCGUCCUACCUCAGUUGGGAGUAAAUUCAUGUACAUUAAUGUAGUUGAUACUGAAUACCAUCAGUUAGUUAGAUCAUGGUUGAUAUGUGUCACAUGUAGGCAGCCAGUCAUAUCCAAAGCAUUUGAAUUACAAUUACCUGUUGGGGGUGGCAAAGGAUCUAAUAAGCGUAUCUCUUACACCAAUCCUUAUCCUUAUAAGAAGGUGUUUAAUCUGAGAAGCAACCGAGAUGAUUUAUUACAGUUUAAGGAGACUAAAAUUGAGAUUGGUGCUGGUCAAGUUCACACUAUUGGAUUACGAUUCACACCAAGUCAGGUUCCUGGAAGUGCCGAGAUUCUUAUCUUUAUAAACGAUGCAGAGGACAAAAAUGAAGAAACAUUCUGUGUGAAAGCAAUAUACAUGUAGACAUGCAGCAUUGACAAUAGACCAUUUUCUGUUCACUGCGAGAAUCACGCGUUAUGCGUGAAAUCGAACGUAAAAACAGGACAAACAAAGGUCAUAGCGUCGUAGUCGCGUCAAACAUCGUGUGGGAUUCGACAAACACGAAAGUAUUUCGGGGACAUUUCCAUGCUUAAUAAUGUGCUGUCCACAUUUGAUGAUAGGCAAUUUUGAUUAAGUAAAGGUAUUCGGAAGCAAUAUUCCUCUGUCGAAGAUCGGCCAGUCAAUGUAAGCUGCGAAAUAAAGAAAUUCUAGUUCAAAAUCAAAUCGUUCGAUUUUUGCGGCAGACGUUCCAUGCGCGUCUUUCAUGCAUCUCGCGAGAUCUCGCAAUUGUACGGAAAAUCAUCUAUUGUUGGCAAUCAUUAAAGACCACACAGUCACCGUGCAUUUUAAUUGUGUAUACUUUAGUGACAUAUUUCACACAAGCGAUGUAUUCGUCAGAAUGGCAUCAAUUUCCAACAUGACAUGUGACAGUGACUGUUUCACCUUGAGUUUUAAGAUAAAGAGAAACACAUCAUCUUCUGUUUAUGUUAAUACUAGUAGUAGUAUGAAACCGUCCCUAACUAUUUAUUUCAACAGUAGGUGUUUUAUAUGUUAAUUCAGCCUGCCUGACUUUAAUACGUCUACUGGAGCUUUUUUAUACUACAGAUAUUGACAAUUUGUGACUAUCUAUGAAAGCUUUCAUCUGUUAAUAAUGUUAAUAUGGCUGCACAACUAUGCUUGAAAUAAAAUUGAGAUUUUAUAGAAUGCAAACACUUCUGAUCAUAUCAUACGUGCACAGUUAACAACAUAGAUACUAUUUGUUUGUCAGAGUAUUAUGUUUUACUAAGCUGCAAACUACAAAAAGUGUGAUGUACAGUCAGAUUUUGCAUGAGUGUAAAUACCUAAAAUGUGUGCGUUCGAGAGCUUAUCAAAACAAAUUGAGUGUGUGUGAUGCUGUAUGUCAUAACACAAAAUGAAAGAUUUUUAUUCAUGGAUUACUUGGUUAAUUUGAAUAUAUAUUCUGUAACCCAAAUAAGAUUAUAAGUAAGGUAAUUAUUGUUGCUGCGUCAAUGACAUUACAUCUCAUAGAGGUGUACGUCAGUGAUGCAUCAUAUGAAUAUCUAACAACAAAUCAUUUUUAUAUUAAUUCAUAAACUGAAGAUGAUAGAAUCAUAAGGUUGUAAUUUAUUAACUUAUAAGCGAUCAAUAAUUAAUACUGUACAUAUAUUCGAGAACUGAAUUGCUUGUACAUUUAUGGUGCUGAUGUGUUGGGGUUUUCAUAUAGCUGAAAUAUUAUAAACAAUAUAUUUAUAAAACAAUGAUAGUCAUUCAAGUACUUCGAAAGGUGAAAUUUUUCACUUGGUUUACUCUUAGUGGAUUUGA